AUGGUCAUUUCUGCUUGUGAAUAUUUGGUAUGUGUACGCUGUUCAGCGAAAAAGGAGACAAGCGUGGCAUGGAACGCAGUCGAUGAAACAGCUGUGUCGAGUGGACGGUCGGCUUUGCGAUCAAUCGGUCUACGUCUCGGUAUGGAUUUUGACCAUGUCUUACGUUCACUGGGAGAGUUCGGGCGCUACCAGAAGUACCUCUACUCCAUGCUCUGCUGUAUGCUUCUGCCCUCCUGUUUCAUCGUUUUAGGACAAGUGUUCACGAUCGCCGACGUACCGCAUCGCUGUCGCGUGUCAGAGUUUGACGGCGGCGGCGGCGACGACCAGAGCAUAACCCUCGCCGCCGGGGACGACGGCGUGUACAACGACACGUACCUCUACGUACCGUUUGAAAAUAAUGACAAGAUUUGCACACCCAGUAGCUGUUAUCGAUAUUACAUUAAUGCCAGUCUCGCCGAUUUGCCGGUUAAUUUGAAUUUGACAGCGUCGUCAUCACCAUGUUCUUUUCCAAGGCAAUUACCAAUUACUGCGUGCGACGAAGGAUGGGUGUACUACUAUGGGAAUGACAAUGUCCGCUCAUCCGUUGUAACUGAGUGGGAUCUUGUGUGCGACAGAGCAUGGCUACGUGAAAUGGCCAGGUCGUCAGUCUACGCCGGCAGUCUUGUGGGUUCGCUUAUACUAAGCCCUCUUUCAGAUAAAUUUGGUCGUCGUCCGGUGAUUUUUAUCGGUCUUCUUGUAAACGUAUUCGCCGGCAUCGGCUCAGCUCUCUCGCCGUUCUUCCAAGUCUUCGUUGCCUUUCAGUUCGUCAGUGGGAUAACGUUUUGUAGUGUUUUCACAACAUCGUAUAUUUACGUCCAGGAAUGGGUUGGUCCGUCUACGCGAUCAUUUGUAGGCUGUACUAUAAGUCUGUCUCAUGUUCUAUCAAUGUUCGUGUUGGCUGCAAUCUCGUAUUUUGUUUUAGAAUGGAGGGCGCUACAACUGCUUAUCAGCAUACCACAGAGUACAAUUCUUGCCUAUUGGUGGUUCGUUCCAGAGUCGCCGCGAUGGUUGAUAUCACAGGGGAGAGUCAAAGAAGCCGAGGUCAUUAUUAUGAAAGCCGCUAGAAUCAAUAAAUCUGAUCUCUGUCCAUUGCUACCUAUGCAAGGUUCUUGGAAAGUCGAGCUGGAGACGACGAAGAAGUCUGUGGUCGACGAACAAAGAUACACUGUGUUCGAUUUAUUUCGUACAGCUACGCUCAGGAAAGUCACCUUAAACGUCUUUUUUCAAUGGAUUGCAGCUUGUAUGGUGUACUACGGUCUCACUUUGAACAUUGAACUACUUCCGGGUAAUCCGUACCUCAACUUCUGUCUUUCCGGUUUGGUUGAGAUACCGGCCAACCUGUUCUCCAUGGUGCUGAUGGAACGACUGGGAAGACCAAAAGCGUUGUGCCUUUAUUUCACCACAGCUGGUGUUGGCUGUAUUGCAUCUGCCUUAGUACCAAAAGUUACUCUCAUCCUUAGAAUUGUGUCCACUUCGCUGGCAGUACUUGGCAAGCUUGGGGCCACUGCAGCGUUUUAUUCUUCAUGGGUAUACGCCACGGAGUUAUUUCCGACUGUUCUCAGGAACACUGGCGUGGGUGCAGCUGUAUGUAUAGCCCGCUUCGGUGGCUUCUCAGUACCAUUUGUGUCUCUGCUGUCCAAGUAUUGGAAACCCAGCGUAUUUAUAGUGUAUGGCGGUGUGUCUGUAUUCGCUGGUCUCCUUGUACUAUUUCUACCUGAAACCAAGAAUAAGCACCUCCCAACAACCAUCCAAGAUGUUGACAAAUUUGUUAGUUUCAGAAAGAAGAGACGAAGAAAGAAACGAAGGAAAAUUAUAUUUGCUACAGAUAAUUAUACUGACGACUUUUCUCAUUAUAAACAAAAUAUGCCACUUAAGACUUUAUCAAAUCAGAAAAAAGCCGAAGCCGAAUUUUUUAAUUUUGAUGACAAAUUAUUGGCCGAGUCCAACCUCUGA